UGGGACCAUCGAUAAAAUUAUAUCUGUCCUUCUCAUCCGUGGGUUAUUUGAAAAAAAGUUUCCCUUCUCUCAGCAUCCGUCGGUGAGAAAUGGCGGGUAACGGCGUUCCGGUUCUACUGGUCACAGCGAACGUAGGCAGCGUGUUCGAGGAGCCUAGCGUGAUGUUGAAAAUUUGGACGGAAGAAUUUUUAUCUACCAUAUUGAGGCUGGAUCCAAAGUUUAUUGCACUACACUGCCAAGAAGUGGGCGGAAAAAAUUAUGAGAAAAGCAUGAGACAUGUGGAAGACUUUGUUAGGUUGCUUAUGUCAUCCGAAGAAUUAAGACUGUUUGACAAAAUCAGAGUAUACUUAGAUGAGGAUUACUCCUCUGCUGAACACUUUACGGCACUUGGAAAUUUUUACUUUGUGCACGAAUCUUUGAAGGAUGUUUUAUUGUGGGACUUUCAAGAAUGUACAUUUGUACCAGUAAGUGGGAAGGAAGUUCAUUCUGGUAAUAUAGAGGCAGUGACAACCAAAGAGAAAGCAAAAUUCCCUCAAGAAUUCUUUCCAGAAUGUAAAUGGUCUAGAAAAGGAUUUUUAAGGACACGAUGGAGUAUCAGUGGGACAAUCUUUGAUCUCAUAAAUAUACACUUGUUUCACGAUGCCAGUAACUUUAUUGCUAUGGAAACGUUUCCAUCUGUAUACAGUAAAACGCGCAGAAGAGCGCUCGAGCAUACGUUAGAUAGGUUUCAUAACGAUAAAUAUUCAAAUGUACCAUACUUUUUAUUCGGAGAUUUUAAUUUUAGAACAGAUACAGCUGGAGUAAUCAAAAAACUUACCGAAGAUACUCAAGAAAGAAGAAUGUCGAAUAAAGGGAAUAUUUCAAAGCUGCAGUUUCACAACAAAGAUGAUGAUCUCGUAUUAACGUUAGGAAAGAAGGAAUUUUCCUAUUGUGAACACCAAAACGUGUUUAUGGAGAAUAGCGGGCAAUGGCUACGUGAAUAUGACAGAGAGCUGGAAGACUUUGACGGAAGAUUAUUUGAAUUUCCAAUUAAAUUUGUGCCCAGUUACCCGUUUGAGGAAGAUAUUAAUGAGGGUUCGAAUUAUAUGAAAACAAGAGUUCCAGCCUGGUGUGAUAGAGUUCUACUGAGCGCGACAGCGAAAAUGCUAAUACAAGAUGUAUCGUCGUCGGACAGUGUGGAAUAUGGAAUUAUAGGCCCAACGACAUGCAUGGGCGACCAUAAGCCAGUCUACCUGAGGGCCAAUCUCGCUUUGGACGAAGGUAUGAUAAACUGCUGCUGCUUGCCACGCGCACCUGAGUUUUGCUUUCGAGUGCCAGACAAUUACGUGGAGCUGUUGUCUAUGUUGCCUGAUUACCAUAGUUACGCUAGCGAACGGAUCAGUUACACGGACCGUUCGACGAAUCUGUUGCACGCGGCACCCAUUAAGCAUGAUCCUUAUACCCCGGAUAGCAUGGACAGUCCGAGUCCGAAUGCUAUGAUAAUAGCCUCGGUUGAGGCAACAGACGUAAAUGUAGACGACAAUGUAAACGGGACCAAUACGGUGGUCACCUUGCAUCCCGCGCACGCUGCUUCGAAUUUGUCGAGGCGCGUCGACAGGGCCGUAUCCCCGGCUCUGCUGAAGUCCAAACUGGAGCUGAUCGUUAGAAGUAAGAAGCAAGAGACGUUUGAGGGGGACCAAGACACGACCGAUAUCAAACGGAGUCCCAGCGACUGUUGCCUGCGCACCUGGCCCAAUCACGAAGACCGUCAAUGGACCGCGAGAACGAACAGAUGCAACAGCGACGUCUCCUGGCAGAGAUCCCAUCUACUGACCCAAGCGUGGAUCCAGGGUAAAGGGCAACAGGGCUACCAUUCGUUCGGCGACUUCGUUAACCGGUCGUCCCGAAACUCAACCCCACCGGAGGGGCUCGAAGCUUUGCCGUCCGAUCUAAUCAUACCGAGGAUAUCGAUCAUAAACGCGAGCAACUUCGAGUCGAACGAGAGCUCCGUGUACUUUCACGACGACAAAUACAGCAAUUACUCGGACAACAAGCUCAGCACGUACUCGGAUCGGCCGACCAAGAGCUUGAGCGGCGAGGCGAUCAGUUCGGAGAAGUCGGACGAACUUUGCGAGAAACUCGACGAGAGCAACAGACUGAAUUUGAAGAGGACAGGUAGCAAGGAGGAUUUGUUCCUGCAGAACAUAGGCGAGCUUAUAACGAGUCGCGGUACCGCGGCCACGAUAGUCAAUACAAAUCUCUUUCGAACGGCGAGCAAAAUGGACGAAGUGGUGGACAAGAUUGAGAAUGAUCGGUACGCGUUGUCAGAGGACAGAGACCGCCGUGAAUCCAGUAUUAGAUGUACAACACACGUUUUGGGGGGAUCCUCGAAGCUCCGUCAAGUAUUACAAGGUAUCAAGAACCGAGAAACAGAGGCUCCUAUCGAGAGGAACACGAUAGACGAUGAAUCUUGUGGGAUAAAGACGGAGGCUCUAGAGAGGACACGGGCGAAAUGCAACGAGAUCGAUGUGUGCAACGACACGGAGAUCUCGAGAUACGAGAGCAAACACGAGAUCGUAGCUUCGAAGGUGACCACGCGGAGCAACUCGGUGCAAAGUCAAGACACCGGCGUUACCACAGGAAACGUUAAGUUGAAGUUGAAGGCGUGCCAAGUGACGGAAAGGUAUAAGCACAAUAUCGUCGGGAAGAAGAACAUGAUGAACGAGGAGCCGGAAUCAGGUGAGACGCCCGGCUUGACCAGUCGCGAGAUUCUCAACAAUAAUAACAACAACCACAGCAGCAACAACAACAACAACACCGCGACCACGAUCACGAGAUAUAUUCACAUUAAACACGCGGACUCGUCGGUCAAGAUCUUCCGCGAGACAACGGUUUGA